UCACGACAGUCCAAUCCAAUCAUCUGUUACUCUCUUCUUAUUAAUUUCUAUGUUUUCCUCUUUCCCGGCAGAAGGUACGCACCGAAUAAACCCUAAUCGCGGUUGUCGCGACAACACGACCUAAACCCUAGCUCAGCUUCUCCCUCAGAUUUACCUCGGAAAUAUCCUUCUUUUGCCGAGGAUAGUGUUUGUUUGAUCUCCCACAAUUUGUUUAUCAUAUAUAUAUUUUAAUCUUCAUUUGUUUCGUUAAUGGCGGAGGCUCGGAACGGCGAUCGGAGCGACGAAAGUGAUUACAAAUCGGAGGAUGAAGGGACUGAAGAUUAUAGGCGAGGAGGAUAUCAUGCGGUUCGUGUUGGGGAUACUUUUAAGAAUGGGUGCUAUGUUGUUCAAAGCAAGCUCGGCUGGGGUCAUUUUUCCACUGUGUGGUUGGCAUGGGACACACAGAAAUCGCGUUAUGUAGCUUUGAAAAUUCAAAAGAGUGCUCAGCAUUACACUGAAGCUGCGCUGGAUGAGAUUAAGAUUCUUAAGCAGAUAGCAGAGGGAGAUAUAGAAGACAAGAAGUGUGUUGUGAAGCUUUUGGAUCAUUUUAAGCAUUCUGGCCCAAAUGGGCUGCAUGUUUGUAUGGUUUUUGAGUACCUAGGGGACAACUUAUUGACCCUUAUUAAAUAUGCCGAUUACAGAGGGAUUCAUCUCCACAUGGUGAAGGAAAUUUGCUUUCAUAUUUUAGUGGGAUUAGAUUACUUGCACAGCAAACUUUCAAUUAUACAUACUGAUUUGAAGCCAGAGAAUGUAUUGCUUUCAUCUAUGAUUGAUCCAUCUAAAGAUCCUCGAAAAUCAGGCAAUCCUCUCAUCCUUCCAAACAACAAGAAUAAAACUUCGACUAGUUCUGAUGCUUUAAAGGAUGUUAAGAGCUACGGCGGGGAUCUUACCAAGAACCAGAAAAAGAAGAUAAGGAAAAAAGCUAAGAAGGCAGCACAGGGGCGUUCGGCGGAGGAACCUAUUGAAGAAGAUAUAAAUGAAGAAGACUCUACGAGAGCUAGCAUAGGAGAUUUUGAUAAUGGAGUUAAACAAAAUGGGGGUACAGCCAAAGUAUGUAAAGAUGGUUCUGUAAAUGAUGGCGGUAUAACAAAUGCUGAUGAUUUAAAGGAUGCUAGCCAAGGGAAGAAAGAUCAGAGGAGAAGGAGCCAUGAAACAAGGAAGAGACUGCUAGCAGCUGCUGAUCUUAAGUGCAAGCUGGUUGAUUUUGGGAAUGCAUGCUGGACAUAUAAGCAAUUUACUAAUGAUAUUCAGACACGGCAGUAUAGGUGUCCCGAGGUUAUUCUUGGAUCUAAAUAUUCGACUCCAGCAGAUAUGUGGUCAUUUGCUUGCAUUUGUUUCGAGUUGGCCACCGGUGAUGUUCUCUUUGAUCCACACAGUGGUGACAACUAUGGAAGGGAUGAGGAUCAUUUCGCAUUGAUGAUGGAGCUUCUUGGAGUGAUGCCUCGCAAGAUUGCAUUAGGUGGCCGCUAUUCAAGGGACUACUUCAACAAAUAUGGUGAGUUGAGGCAUAUUCGUCAAUUGCGCUUUUGGCCUCUUAAUAAGGUGUUGACUGAGAAGUAUGAUUUCAGCGAGCAAGAUGCUAAUGGCAUGGCUGACUUUCUUGUUCCUUUAUUGGAUUUCUCACCUGAAAAGAGACCAACAGCAGCACAAUGUCUCAGCCAUCCGUGGUUGAAUUCUGUCCCAAGAAUUCUUGAAUCUUCUGGAUCAACCCAUCAAAAUCAGCCCAAAGAUCAGAACGCUUCAACUAAAAUAAGCGAGAAGGGCGAGAGAGAAGCUAUGGAGAUUGGAAUGGGAAACAUAGCUAUUGAUGGAACUUCGAAAUCGAUGUCGUCGAAACAGACAUGACUAGAAACGCAACGUACGCAAUUUCAGGCUAUGUUUCGUGCAGUAUAAUCCCACUUUGUAGCUCAGGUUUCCAUCGGAGUUGGAAACAUAUUCAUGAACGACAUGGAUUCAGCGUUGUCUUACAUGCUAUCCGAAGCAAUCAUCAUAUUGUGCUUGGAGAGGGUAGACCGGCUUUCGUAGGCCCAUCUCGAGUAACUUCAAACAGUGGAUUGUUUUGACAGAGAGUGCGUUCGAGUAUGGUUUGCAUAUCUUUACAAACUACUAUUAUUUCCAGGUCUCUAGUAGCACAACUUUCUGGAUCAGAGUUUCUUAAUGAAACCUUGAACAUAUAUAAAAUAUAUUUUUGGUGUUA